AUGUUGCUCAAAAAUCCGUUCCUGUUUUUCGUACAGGCCGUGGUCUUCGCUUCAUCCACCAGUCACGGGCAGGCGGAGUGCAGCGCUCUCCCGGACAACAACGAAGAUUGGCACCGUGGCAGCUGGAACAUGGAUUCUUCAAAAUGCUGCUUCAGCGACGAACUCCUGGGCAUGCACUCUUGGCUACCCCAACCAGCUGCGCAGCUCAGCACGACGUCGAUUACGUCAGCGAUGGAAGAGAGUAUAAAUCGCUUGGACCGGGCCAUCUUCACCAGUGGGCACGGCGGAAGCUCUGCGAAUAUGUUGCUCAGGAAUCCGUUCCUGUUUUCCGUACAGCAACGCUCCCCCAUUGGUCACGGGUGAAUGGCACGGAUACAUCAGCUGCAGCACGAAACUUACGGACAUGAAAGCGGAGCGGAGCAAGCUUUGCACUGUAUGUCACAGUAUGUGCAACCACAUUGCUGAUUCAAGUCAGCUGCAGCAGCAGUCGGCACGAUGUGCCAUUUCUUUGUAAUACUAAUAAAUCAGUAUAAUCUUCUACACUUAA